AUGGCGGUCUCUGAGGAAGAGUGCUCCUCCGCCAACUCCAGAUCAUCCUCCUCCACCUCCAGCUCCUCCUCCUCUUCUCACUUCCUCUCCAAGUGCGUCCUCCGCGGCUCCGUUCUCCUCCACGUCCUCUCCGCCCACCUCCGCUCCCCCUCCUCCAACGACAUCGUUUUCGCCAAGGAGAAAUCGAUUGAGCUGGUGAUUAUCGGUGAAGAUGGGAUUGUACAGUCUGUCUGUGAGCAGCCUGUGUAUGGCACCAUUAAAGACAUCGCCGUCCUCCCAUGGAAUGACAGAUUCCGUGGCCGGAAUCCUCAGAUGCUGGGGAAAGAUCUUUUGGUCGUUGUUUCUGAUUCCGGGAAGCUCUCGGUUCUCUCUUUUUGCAACGAAAUGCACAAGUUUUUUCCUGUGACUCAAGUUCAACUUUCCAGUCCUGGAAACUCAAGGGGUCAGCUUGCAAGAAUGCUAGCCAUUGAUUCAAGUGGCUGCUUCAUUGCUGCUAGUGCAUAUGUAGACCGGUUGGCUAUGUUCUCUGUUUCAAUGUCUGGAGGCAGUGACAUUAUUGAUAAGAAAAUAGUGUAUCCCCCUGAAAACGAUGACGAUGUGAAUGCUGCUAGAGUCCAGAAAAACAGUAUUUCAGGUACUAUCUGGAGCAUGAGCUUUAUUUCGCAGGAUCCUAAUCAAAGUAAGGGGCAUAAUCCUAUACUCGCCGUUGUUAUAAAUAGGAGUGGGGCAGUCCUUAAUGAAUUGCUAUUACUGGGAUGGAACAUUAGAGAACAAGAUAUUUAUGUUAUUUCUCAGUAUGUAGAAGAUGGACCUUUAGUACUUAGCAUUGCUGAAGUUCCUCAUUCGUAUGGAUUUGCUUUUCUGUUUAGGGAGGGUGAUGCUAUUUUAAUGGAUCUUAGAGAUGCCAACAACCCUUAUUGUGUCUAUAGAACAAGCCCGAAUUUCUUAUCUAAUGUGGUUGAUGAGGCCAAUUUUGUUCAAGAGUCGUCUAAAGGAUGUGAUCUGUCUAGAGUACUUCAGGUUGAUGAUGAAGGAGGUUUAUUUAAUGUAGCUGCCUGUGCGUUACUGGAACUUAGUGAUUUAGAUCCUAUGUGUAUAGAUGGUGACAAAUACAAUGUGAAUGUGACUCACAAAUUUGUGUGUUCAUGGAGUUGGGAACCAUGGAAUGUUAAAAACCAAAGAAUGAUCAUUUCUGCUGAUACAGGAGAAUAUUUCAUGAUUGAAAUUAUUUUCAAUCCUGAUGGCAUUAAGGUUCUAGAAUCUGAGUGUCUUUACAAAGGUUUACCAUGCAAGGCACUUCUGUGGGUUGAAGGCGGGUUUCUGGCUGCACUAGUAGAUAUGGGGGAUGGGAUGGUCUUGAAAAUGGAAAACGGAACACUUCAUUACAUAAGUCCUAUUCAAACCAUUGCCCCAGUCUUGGAUAUGUCAGUUGUGGAUUACCAUGAUGAGAAACAUGAUCAAAUGUUUGCUUGUUGUGGAGUGGCUCCGGAGGGGUCUUUAAGGAUCAUUAGAAGCGGUAUCACUGUGGAAAAGCUACUACGGACUGCACCUAUAUAUCAAGGGAUUACUGGUACAUGGACAUUACGAAUGAAGAUGACUGAUACUUACCAUUCAUUUCUUGUCCUAUCAUUUGUUGAAGAAACCAGGGUACUAUCAGUUGGCUUAAGCUUUACUGAUGUGACAGAUUCAGUUGGUUUCCAGCCUGAUGUUUCUACUUUGGCAUGUGGUGUUGUAAAUGAUGGAAUGCUGGUCCAGAUUCACAAAAGUGCAGUCAGGCUCUGUCUGCCCACCCAGAGUGCCCAAUCUGAUGGUGUUCCAUUGCCUUCUCCAGUUUGUACAUCUUGGUUCCCAGAAAAUAUGAGUAUCAGUUUGGGUGCUGUUGGGCAUAAUCUAAUUGUUGUUUCUUCAUCUAAUCCCUGCUUUAUAUUUAUUCUUGGGGUAAGAAUGUAUUCAGUGCAUCAUUAUGAGAUAUACGAGAUGCAACAUUUGAGAUUGCAAAAUGAGUUAUCAUGCAUCUCCAUUCCUCAGAACUGCUACGAGAAAAAAGUUACAGGUUUUCCAAACAGUCUGGUAGAUGAGAGUUCUGUCCCUGCUCCUCCAUUUGGAGUUGACAUCAGUAAUAUCUUUGUUAUCGGAACACACAAGCCUUCGGUGGAAAUAUUGUCUCUUGCACCUAGUGAAGGUCUACGUGUUCUUGCUUCUGGGGCAAUCUCAUUAACCAAUACUUUAGGAACUGCUAUUAGUGGCUGCAUUCCUCAAGAUGUAAGGCUUGUAUUAGUUGACCGAUUGUAUGUCCUUUCUGGAUUAAGGAAUGGAAUGCUGCUUCGGUUUGAAUGGCCCACUGCCUCUAGAAUGCCUUCAUCUGUAGUACCUCAGAGUCCUGUUGAUUGGCUUUCAGUUAGUACAGAUACUGUUUUAUCCAGUGUAUCAGCAGCAAAUUCUUACGGCCGACAAGUAUAUACUACUAAAUUAUCUGAGAAUAUAAAGGACAAAUUUCCUGUUGAUUUGCAAUUGAUUGCUAUCCGUCGUAUUGGCAUCACUCCUGUAUUCCUGGUUCCUUUAAGUGAUUCUCUUGAUGGUGAUAUAAUUGUUCUCAGUGAUAGGCCCUGGUUGCUGCAUACUGCAAGGCACAGCCUCUCAUAUACUUCUAUCUCAUUUCAAUCUUCGACACAUGUGACUCCUGUAUGUUAUGUCGAAUGCCCUAAGGGAAUUUUAUUCGUUGCAGAGAACUGUUUACAUUUGGUAGAAAUGGUGCACAGUAAGAGGCUUAAUGUGCAGAAGUUGCAACUUGGAGGAACUCCGAGAAGGGUCUUUUAUCAUAGUGAAAGCAGGCUGUUGAUUGUGAUGAGGACUAAUCUGAGUGAUGAUACAUGCUUAUCUGAUAUAUGUUGUGUCGAUCCUCUUAGUGGGUCAGUGCUGUCAUCUUUCAAACUUGAAUUCGGUGAAACAGGAAAAUCGAUGGAGUUAAUGAGGGUCGGAAGCGAACAGGUUCUUUUGGUUGGAACAAGUUUGUCUUCUGGUUCAGCCAUAAUGCCCUGUGGUGAGGCUGAAAGUACCAAAGGCCGCCUAAUUGUUCUCUGUCUUGAAAAUAUGCAAAAUUCAGACAGUGGUUCAAUGACAUUCAGCUCAAAGGCAGGGUCAUCUUCUCUACGAGCUUCCCCAUUUCAUGAAAUUGUUGGGUAUGCUGCAGAACAGCUUUCAAGCAGUAGUCUCUGUAGUAGCCCAGAUGAUACUAGCUGUGAUGGUAUUAAACUAGAAGAAACUGAAACGUGGCAGUUUCGUUUGGCUUUUUCAAUGCCGUGGCCUGGAAUGGUGCUUGCUAUCUGCCCUUAUCUUGAUCGCUACUUCUUGGCUUCUGCUGGUAAUGCUUUUUAUUUAUGUGGUUUUCCACAUGAAAAUUCCCAAAGAGUAAAGAAGUGGGCUGUGGCAAGGACGCGCUUUACAAUUACAUCUUUGACUGCACAUUUUACAAGAAUUGUCGUUGGUGAUUGCCGUGAUGGCAUCCUUUUCUAUGAUUAUAAUGAGGAUUCCAAAAAGCUGCAGCAACUUUACUGUGAUCCGUAUCAGAGAUUAGUUGGUGAUUGCAUUCUUAUGGAUGUCAACACUGCUGUUGUUUCAGAUCGUAAGGGAAGCAUUGCUGUGCUUUCAUGUGCAGAUUAUUUAGAAGGUAAACAUUAUACUGCGAGUCCAGAAUGUAAUUUGACAGUGAGCUGUGCUUAUUAUAUGGGUGAGAUAGCUAUGAGCAUCAAGAAGGGCUCUUUUUCGUAUAAACUGCCAGCUGACGAUGCAAUGAAAGGUGGUGAUGGAAGUAUCGACUUUGCUCAAAACGGUAUUAUUGUCAGUACACUGCUUGGAAGCAUAAUAACCUUCGUUCCAAUAUCGAGGGAGGAAUAUGAACUCUUAGAAGCUGUCCAAGAUAGACUGGCGGUGCAUCCAUUAACUGCUCCUAUUCUUGGAAAUGAUCAUAAUGAGUUUCGUAGCCGUGAAAAUCCGGUCGGAGUACCCAAGAUUCUUGAUGCGGACAUGCUCACUCAGUUCCUGGAGCUCACAAGUGUGCAACAAGAGGCUGUAUUAUCAUCACCUAUUUGUGUACGAAGCACAGUAAAGUCGCGUUUGAAAUUCCGAAGUUCACCUGUUCCGGUCAAUCAGGUGGUGCAACUCCUUGAGCGAGUUCACUAUGCCCUAAACUAAGUUUUUGUUUCUUUCAAACAUGAGCUGGAAUUGGGUCUCCAAGCCUUGAACCAAGGAACCAUUGGUGCCAAAAGUCUUUCGUGGCACCUCCUCGUUGUCCUCCUGUUGCCUUGAACCGUUGAUUGGCAAGCCUGAAAUCCUUGACUGUUGAUACCAUGGAGCUAACAAUCAUACUGAUAAAGUUUAUCUCGGAGCCACAUUUUUUUAGCUAGAUUAAAGAGCGGGGCAGCUGUUACAUUUGUAUGUAUGUGUAAAAGAUGGGUUGAAUUACACCCUUUGUCAUGUAAAUUUUAUGUUCCUUUAUCAUGUAAGCUGGUAUUGUUGCCUAUCAUUCUGAUGUAUGACUAUGACGAUGAUUCUGUAUAUUACAUGGAAAAUGAACCACAUUGGGAGGUGCAUAUUUGAGAGACAGUUUCAAAUGAACGUUUUCAAACUUAAGAGGCA